GUUCCAGGCAGGAAACGUAGAGCGAGCGGGGCUUGAUGGAAGCUGAUCGGCAGCGGCUGAAGCGUUAAGAGCUCGAGCCUUGACAAGCAGCGCGCCGCGGAGUCUUCGGCCGGCCGCGGCAAUCGCCUACUUUCCCCAGCGCGCCUGCCAGACUUGGAGAUCCAAGCAUGGACUACUGCCGCCGGGCAACCGCCAGCGCUUUUCUCCUGGCUUCUUUGCUUCUGACCUCUCGAACGGCUCGAUCUGAAGAAGACCGAGAUAGUCUCUGGGAUGCCUGGGGCUCCUGGAGUGAAUGUUCCCGUACUUGUGGUGGAGGUGCUUCAUACUCCUUGAGACGCUGCUUAAGCAGCAAGAGCUGUGAAGGACGGAAUAUUAGAUAUAGAACAUGCAGCAAUGUGGAUUGCCCUCCAGAAGCAGGUGAUUUUCGUACCCAGCAGUGUUCAGCACACAACGAUGUCAAGUAUCAGGGACAGUUUUAUGAAUGGCUUCCUAUCCCUAAUGAUCCUGACAACCCGUGUUCAUUGAGGUGCCAGGCAAAGGAGACAAACCUUAUUGUGGAACUGGCACCUAAAGUCCUGGAUGGAACACGAUGUUACACUGAGUCACUGGACAUGUGCAUUAGCGGCUUGUGCCAGAUUGUUGGCUGUGAUCAUCAGCUGGGAAGCCCUGUGAAGGAAGAUAACUGUGGGGUCUGUGAUGGCGAUGGUUCCACCUGCCGGCUUGUUCGAGGCCAAUAUAAAUCUCAGCUCUUGGCAAAUAAAUUGGAUGACACUGUUGUUGUUAUUCCCUAUGGAAGUCGUCAUGUUCGCCUAGUGCUGAAAGGCCCUGAUCAUUUAUAUCUAGAAACUAAAACUCUGCAAGGUGUGAAGGGCGAAAACAGUCUCAGCUUCACUGGAUCCUUCAUUGUGGAUAAUUCUUCUGUUGAGUUUCAGAAGUUUGCAGACAAAGAGAUAUUGAGGAUACUUGGUCCUCUCACUGCAGAUUUCACUGUAAAGAUUCAUUACGUUGGUGCUGCUGACAGUACAGUUCAGUUCAUUUUCUAUCAACCUAUUAUCCACCAAUGGAGAGAAACUGAUUUUUUCCCUUGUUCUGUAUCCUGUGGUGGAGGUUAUCAGCUUACAUCUUCUGAAUGCUAUGAUCUGAGAAGCAAUCGAGUGGUAGCUGACCAAUAUUGCCACUAUUACCCUGAAAACAUCAAGCCAAAGCCAAAACUCCAAGAGUGUAACCUAGAUCCUUGUCUGGCAAGUGAUGGAUACAAGCAGAUCAUGCCCUAUGACCUCUACCAUCCUCUUCCUCGGUGGGAAAGCACCCCGUGGACUGCCUGCUCUUCUUCCUGUGGAGGAGGCAUUCAAAGCCGCACGGUCUCUUGCGUGGAAGAAGACAUCCAGGGAUUGGUCAGCUCUGUGGAGGAGUGGAAGUGCAUGUACACUCCCAGGAUGCCCAUUGUUCAGCCUUGCAAUAUUUUUGAUUGUCCUAAGUGGCUGGCUCAGGAAUGGUCUCCGUGCACAGUGACAUGCGGCCAGGGUUUGAGGUAUCGAGUAGUCCUGUGCAUUGAUCACCGAGGGAUGCAUACCGGUGGCUGCAGUCCUAAAACAAAACCGCACAUCAAAGAGGAAUGCAUUGUCCCUACUCCAUGCUACAAGCCAAAAGAAAAACUUCCUAUUGAAGCUAAAUUGCCAUGGUACAAGCAAGCUCAGGAGCUGGAAGAGGGAACGGCAGUUUCUGAAGAACCAACGUUUAUUCCUGAGGACUGGUCUGCCUGCAGUGUGACCUGUGGAGUUGGUGUCCAGGUGCGAUUGGUGAAGUGCCAGGUGCUGCUAUCCUUCUCUCAGUCUGUGGCAGAUUUGCCCAUUGAUGAAUGUGAAGGACCCAAACCAGUGUCCGAACGAGCUUGCUACGGUGGUCCAUGCAAUGGUGAAACUGGUGAAGAGCCUGAUCUUCUCUUUAGGGGCUCACAAGAUUUUGAUGAACUUUAUGAUUGGGAAUAUGAAGGCUUCACUGAAUGUUCUGAGGCUUGUGGUGGAGGUGUCCAGGAGGCUGUAGUGACUUGCCUGAAUAAACAGACCAGAGAAUUUGCAGAUGAAAAUCUAUGUGUGAGCAGUCGGCGCCCCCCACAGUUGCUGAGAUCUUGUAACUUGGAGCCUUGUCCCCCAAGUCCCAAAAGUACUUUUUCAAGAGGCAACUGGACUAAUACCACUGCAAGGUGGGAGAUGGGAAAAUGGAGCUCUUGCAGUCUCACCUGCGGUGUGGGAUUGCAAAUCCGCGAGGUCUUCUGCACUCAUCUCCUCUCACGAGAGACUAAUGAGACAGUGACUUUGGAGGAUAAGCUAUGUCACAAACCCAAGCCUACAGGAGUACAAGCCUGCAACCGUUUUGACUGUCCUCCAUCUUGGUACCUUCAAGAAUGGCAACAGUGUUCACAGACAUGCGGAGGUGGCAUUGAGAGACGGGAAGUUCUUUGCAAGCAACGCAUGGCGGAUGGAAGUUUUCUAGAACUUCCAGAAACUUUUUGUUCCACUUCACGGCCAGCUUCCCAACAAGCCUGCAAGAAUAAGGACUGCCCCCCUGAAUGGCUCCUCUCGGAUUGGACACAGUGUUCUGUUAGCUGUGGAGAGGGAACCCAGACACGAAAUGCCAUUUGUAGGAAAAUGCUAAAUACUGGACUUUCUGCCAUUGUGAACUCAUCACUGUGCCCAUCUCUGCCACUCUCCUCCUUGGUCAGACCAUGUGUGCUCAUGACUUGUGCAAGAUAUCAGAGACCAGCUCACAAGCAACCCCCUUUAAUACUGGCUCAAAAGAAAGUUUUUAUCCAGACACGAAAGCAAAAGAAGUUGCAUUUUGUUGUUGGUGGAUACGCCUACCUGUUGCCCAAGACUUCCGUCAUUCUUCGAUGCCCCGUGAGACGAUUCCGGAAGCCAAUGAUUACGUGGGAGAAAGAUGGCAAACGACUCAUCAGCUCUGUUCACGUUACAGUCGCGCCGUAUGGAUAUAUGAAGAUCCAUCGAUUAAAACCCUCAGAUACCGGCACAUACACUUGCACAGCAGGACCAGCUCAGGAACAUUUUGUGAUUAAACUCAUAGGAGGCCACAACAAAUGUACUGCCACCUUGUCAUCUGGGAUAAAAGAAGACGAAUCCUCAAGGAAAGUCAGUCUGAACAAAGCUUUACACGGCCAGGAGAAGCAUCAGAAUAAAAUUCUCUUCAACGGAAGCAAAACUGAAAAACGAGGACUUGCCUCUGGUCCCAGCCACCAGUAUGAUGACAUUGUCUCAAGGCUUCUGGAAUACAGAGGCUGGCCUCGGGUGAGUGCAGAGCCAUGGGAAGCCCAGGACUCCACAGAGAGAAAUAUUUCUUCAGAGGAAGACCAGGGUCAGGACUACAACCUGCCUUUCACUAUGGUGGUCAAUCAAAAUCGUUUAGAUGACAUCUUAAAGAAUUUGUCUCAACAGCCUGAGGAAUUGAAGGAUGUCUAUAGCAAGCAGCUUAUCUCCCAGCUGGCCCAUGAAAUUUUCAAGAGCCAUUUGGAGCAUCAGGAAUCUUUUUUCAAAACCCAGGGAAGCAGAGUCAGUUCUGCUUCAGUGGAAUUUCCAUUCACUAAGCAUUUUUCUGAGUUUAACAGAUUAUUGAGAACAUCUUCCUCCGAAGCCCACUUGGCGACAUCUCUAGAACUCGUAAAUGGUUCACGUGGGCCGCACAAGAAACCUGCCAUCUUGAAGAAGAUCUCUGCAGCACAGCAACUAUCCGCGUCUGAGGUUGUCACCCAUUUGGGGCACACUGUGGUUCUAGCCAGUGGGACAUUAAGUGUACUUCUUCACUGUGAGUCUGUUGGAAAUCCAAAGCCAAUCAUUACCUGGGCGAAGAAUGGAGAAGCUGUGCAGUACAACAAGAGGAUUCUUCUUCAACCGGAUGACUCCUUGCAAAUCCUAGAACCAGUCGAAGCCGAUGUAGGCUUUUAUACUUGCAAUGCAACCAAUGUGUUGGGCUCUGACUCUGUAUCCAUUGCCAUCACAUUAGCAGGGAAACCACUGAUAAAGACCUCAAGAAACACCGUGACCAACCAAAACUUGCCAACGAUUUCUGUUGAUAUUGGAAGCACAGUGAAAACAAUUCCAGGAGUAAAUGUGACCAUUAGCUGCCAAAUUGCAGGUGUGCCUGAGGCAGAACUUACCUGGUUCAGGAACAAAAUCAAGAUGGCCCCUGACCUUCACAUCCACGAUGGUUCACUGCUGAUUCCAAAUGUAUCUAUCUCAGACCAAGGGUUGUAUUCUUGCAGGGCUGCCAACAUCCGUGGGGAGGUAACGGAAAGCACACAGCUAUUAGUCCUCGACCCACCGCAGCUCCCUCAUCAAUUUGAAGACAUGGCAGCCACUCUGUCUCUCGUGGGGCCGGGCAUUCCUUCAGUGAUAACAUCUCCUUCAGGAACAAGAAAAAUAUUGAGCCAAGGAAGCUCUGUGCUCAUAGGCUGCCCAGUGGAUGGUCAUCCAACUCCUAACAUCACUUGGUUUUACGAUGGUCAUCCCUUCCAUCUGCCCCAUCUGGUGUUGGCAUCUGGUCAGAUUCUCCAGAUCCUGAAUGUCAGCAAUGAUUAUCAGGGAGAAAUCACCUGCAGGGCUCAGAAUGAAGCAGGCUUGCUUAUUCAAAAAACAUCUCUGGUUAUCCAAGAUUAUUGGUGGUCAGUGGAUAAGAUGUCACCUUGUUCAGCCACUUGUGGCAAUAAGGGUCUACAAUACCAUCAGCUGAAAUGUUUACUCGAUGGAACCCAGGUCAACGUGUCGCAUUGUGUGGAAAAACCCAAGCCAAAUCUGCAACCUGUGGCAUGCAAUAGGAGAGACUGCCCUUCAAGAUGGAUGGUGACCUCAUGGUCUCAGUGUACCCAGAGCUGUGGUGGGGGUAUCCAGUCCCGGAGGGUGACUUGUCAAAAACUGACUGCUGCUGGCAUUUCUGUACCUGUGUCCAGCGAUAUUUGUGCUCAACUGGCCAAGCGUCCAGUAGAUACUCAGAGUUGCAACAGACAGCUAUGUGUGGAGUGGACAACUUCAGCCUGGGGACAGUGCAAUGGGCCUUGUGUUGGCGCUCGUCUGGCACUCCAGCACAGGCAGGUUUUUUGCCAGACCAGGGAUGGGGUCUCUGUGCCUUCGGACCAGUGCAGUUCCCUCCCAAGGCCUUUAAGCACUCAGAACUGCUGGACAGAUGCCUGUGGCGUACACUGGAGAGUCAGUCUGUGGACCUUGUGCACUGCUACCUGUGGGAAUUAUGGCUUCCAAUCUAGAAGAGUUGAAUGUGUACGUGUUCAUACAAACCAGCCUGUGCAAGAUCACUUAUGCGCCUGGAGACCAAGACCAGCUAACUGGCAGAGGUGUAACAUCACUCCAUGCGAAAAUAUUGAGUGCAGAGAUACCACCAGGUAUUGUGAGAAGGUGAAGCAGUUAAAGCUCUGCCAACUGGCACAGUUCAAGUCACGCUGCUGUGGGACGUGUGGAAAAGCAUGAAGGCAGCAGCGAAAGAAAGAAAGAAAGAAAGAAAGAAAGAAAGAAAGAAAGAAAGAAAGAAAGAAAGAAAGAAAGAAAGAAAGAAAGA